UCUUUGUCCCUCAGACCUCUGCUCUGUUUGAGUAUCUAAUCGAUCCAUAGAUGAAAGCGGAGGCAAUGGCAAUAUCCUCUAUCUCAUCCGACCUCCAGCGUCAACUGCGAAUGCAUGACCGAUCGCCCACCGCCACUCCCCAAGAUAGCAGAAAUGCCAUCACCGCCAUCUUCUCUUGUUCCGAAUGAGAACGUCGAGAACGAGAGGGGUCGUCUUUUAAAGGCGGAUAUCUUUAGAUUUUCGCCGAUGAAUUCAUGGUUACAAGAAUGCCGCGCUGCCGCCACUGACUUUUGCUGCUUCCGAAACCGUGGCUGCGUCGUCGAUAAGGAAGAUUCUAAUGGAGAGGAACGAGUUCGUCAGGUCUUCUGUUUCAUUCGAGUUGCUAGGGAGGGAAGGUAGAGUUCCUGAACGAGCCACUGGCUGCAGCUGUCGGUUUGCGUCGGAGAUACAUGAGAAUUGGCUGAAUUCCAGAAUGGGUUUUGAUUAUCGAGGGAGCUUUGAUCAUUCCAAUGCGAGAAAAGGGAUCUGCGAAAUCAAGAACCAUCAACGACGGAGCUGUGGCCACUCCCAAGGAAAAAAAAGGGUAUUGCCAAAUCAAGAACCAUUAAUGUGCACCGCCAUCUUCUAGGAUUGUUGUGCGGCCUCGAUUCCUUCGUUACAAGUCGAAUCCCCGUCUUCAGUAAAAGAAUCGACUUUUUCAAGGUUGGUAUUGAUAAUGAACUUUUGGAUCCCUUGUUUUCGUUCGAGGAGGUCUCUGAAGAAGCAGAACCUUUGGGUCAGCAUAAUAAGGAAGAAUCCCCCGCCUCUUCGAGAAGCCAGAAGCCAGAAGCCAGAAGCCAGACCUUAAUCCAGGAGCAGAAAAAGAAGCAAUGAUGUGGUGCCUUACACUUCUGCUAGGCCUAAAGUUGCUCCACUUCUCUUGGGUUUUCUAGCAAUCACAUGCCUCUAUAUACACUAACGAUAUUCUGGAAUGGUUUCACCUUCAUUCUUGCUUAAAGGAAUUUUGAGAGGUACUUCCAAGUCCUUAAUUGGCUGCACUUGCUUAUAAGAAUCUCCUAGUGUUAGGAAGUACUUCCAAGUACUGGUGGGUCAAUUACAUGUCUAGUUUUGCUGUUCUUGUUUCUCCUUCCGAAGAAGGUUUUCGUUUGAUUGAUCUUUCGACCUCUACGGCCUCAGAUGUGGAUCAAGGUCUUCAUGCAAGUAACGAUAAAGAAGAGGCUAACAGAAUAUUGGAUGCAGGUCGAGAUCUUGAUGUCAGUAGUAAUGAAGCAGAGCUAACUGGAGGGCUGGAUAAUCUAAACCAUGUAAUUGAGCCAGCAACUGAAGAAAAUAUGGAGAAGGAAACAACUGAGGGGUUGACAGAAAUGGGCAAUGGUUCUGAACAUGUGAAAGAAGAUAUUCCUGCAGAUUUUGAGUCGAGGAGGAGGGAAAUCCAAAGUGUGGUUUCAGAACAUAUUGAAGAAUAUGAUAGUUCUGAGGAGUAUGAGAGUGAUGUCAAGGUGAUCGGCAGUGGGUCAGAAAACAAGGAACCAAAAAUCUACAUCAACUCCAAGAUCAGAAUGGACAAGUAUCUGAAAAAGUUCACAAAAACUGUAAUGAUUUUUUUGGUGAACUUGAGGCUGCUGAUAACCAAGGGGAUGACAUGAACUUACAGUUUACUAUGUAUAUGGAGGCUGAGAGUUUAGGUGGAAGUGUUUGUGGAUCUGUUGAAGAUAAUAAUCAUUAUAAUAGCCUUGAAUCAUCUAAGAAUAAAGAAAUGUACAAAGGGAUGAUCUUCUGAAUCAAGCUGUGAUUAGUUUGUUUCUGAUUGUGACUGUGACCACCAUCAUGUUGACCUUCGAUCUGAAUCAGAAGUGAAGGUUUGGACCUACAUAUGCAAGAUCAACAUCAUAUCU